CGUAAACCGCUUUAUAUGGGGUACACUAGCCUUAUUCAGUGGAUUGGUAUAAUUAUAAUAUAAAACGCCUGGAUAUUAUGUAACAUUUUUGUUCGAGUCUCGUAAGGGCGACGAGAAUGCGAGCAAUGAGGAAAAUUCCUAUUUCAUCACGUAUACAUGCAGCAUUUGUGUGACGUGCGAGAAACCAUUUGAGAAAAACAUCACUUCUCAUGCCCUUUUCGGAAGUGAUCGUUGUCCUGUUGCCUGAACACUUCGAAAAGUUUUGCGGAUACUGGCAUAAACAAAAGUUGGAAGGGGCUUUGUAUUCCCCCAACUGAGGUAACCACAUAUGAGUUUCAACAUUUUCAGCUGUCAGGAAGUGCAAAUGACCUCUGGAAGAAAGAUUUGCAUGACAUCCUCCGCUGAAAGACGGCUUUUACUGAUUUUGAGGAGGCUAAGUUCAAAAUGUUUUGCUGUGAUUUUUCAUCAAGAAGAAGAAGAAUGCUGGCGAACAGGCUACUGAUAAUAUCAUCAGUUAUAGUAUUACUUGUCUUGGUGAGCCUCCAUCUGGUAAUUUUACCAUCAGUGAGUGGGGGAUAUAACGAGGAAUGUUACUUGCCACUGGAGAGACGUCAAACGUUAAGAAUGAUGGUGAAGAACAUUUCGCGGGUGUUUGACAAGUACGGUGUUCAGUAUUGGCUCGAUUAUGGAACCCUGCUUGGCGCCUAUCGCAUGGGAGACAUCUUGCCAUAUGAUCACGAUGCCGACAUUUCUUAUAUUUUGGAAACCGAGAAGCCGGAAGCUUUCCGUGAACUGCGUGAGCUUGGAAUGCAAGCCAAUGGUUUGGUUGCAGUAUUAGGGGAUGUGACUGUGGAUUUUAUGAGAUGGCAACCAGUGAACGUAUCAAGUUACAUUUCUGGCAAAACUGAAACAAUGCUACGCAAAUAUUAUCCUCCUUCAUCAAAGGACAAUCUCAUUCUGAAAUACCAUCAUACGUUGGAAACUUCUCCCAUGUCGUGGGUGGUACCAUUCAAAAAGUUCUAUUUCCAGGAAGUGAACGUCGCACUUCCCAACUCACCGGAUAAAUUACUAGCCUUUAGAUACCCGUAUACGUUCGGAACGCUUGGAUUACCGUUUCCUUAUAAGUGGAAAUGCUGGGUGCCCUGUUAUUUGAGAAAAAGCAAUGGCUGCUAAAGGUAUCGAAUGAAUUAAAACCGAAAAUGUGCACUGUGCUACUACGCUAGUUAAAUUGUCCAUCGCUCUGACGAAGGGCUAACGCUCGAAACGUCAGGUUUUAAACACUUUACGGUGACUAAUUAACGUUAUCAACUCAGUUAAUAAUACCAAAUUACCCUGUUAUACUCUCACACCGACGCAACACCACAAUUUCUUAGGAAACAUACACCUUUUAUUCAUACGCUUGAUAAAUACGACAACGCAAUAACGCCUAAAUGCGUAAAUGCAUCCGUCGGCAUACGCAAGAAAAGUGAAGCACUAUCCGGAAUGCAGUUGUCCACAAGGUUAGAGCGCACUGUCCUGAGCGUUGGGAAGGUAAUUACGUUGUUUAUUUUGGCGAAACAUUUGAAUUUCACUACGACUCUCCCCACGUAUUAGUAGCCUGCGUAGCGGAUGGUUUUUUUGCUUCAUAGCGCACACAAAACCGCUGCUAACGCAGGCUCAAGGGGCGGCAAUAAUGAAUCCAAUCAGAGGGCUGCAGGAAGAAAACCAAAGUAAGAAGAUGCAGAGAGGAUCAAGUGGAAUAUGAGAAUCCAUAUGUUAAUUUUUUUAGGGGUUUUAAGGAAAUAUUUAUAUACUUUUAUGUGAUUAAAUCAGCAAAAUAUUUAAGAAUGUAAUAUUUAUUAAUGAUGUAAUUGCUUAAAUUUAAAAGUCGUCUGAGCAAAUAAUAAUUAAAGUUUUAUUUAUUAACAGCAGGCACACUAAAUUUUUGCAUUGUUUUAAACUAU